AUGAGUUUGUUUUCAAAUGACUACCUCACGACUGCUUCCGCUUACCAAUCUAGCGGCUACCAAUGCAUACAGGGAGGAAUGUACUACGGCGCCGCCAGUCCGCUCUCUGAGGACGGCUACUGUAGCGCCAAUGGCUCUUCCGUUGUGACCGAGCGGCAGACGUCUUCACCAGCGGACAGCGGCAUGGAAUCGGACCGGUCGCCGGGAAAUACGAAAACGGCGGAACGGGAGGAUCGGGAUUUGGCUGAGGUUUUGGCUGACCUCGAGAAGAAAACCUCGCACGUGGCACGCGGAGAAGCAGACUUCAAACCUAACCAUUCAUACAUUGCUCUGAUCUCCAUGGCAAUAAUGAGCACAUCUGACCAGAAGAUGCUGCUGAGCGACAUCUACCAGUAUAUCAUGGACAACUUCGAGUUCUAUAACAACGAGGAGAAGCCAUGGAGAAACAGCAUUCGUCAUAACCUGAGUCUCAACGAAUGCUUUAUAAAGGCGGGGAGAUCCGAUAAUGGAAAGGGCAACUACUGGAUGAUUCACCCAGCGUGUGUAGAGGAUUUCGCAAAAGGUGACUUCCGGCGGCGCCAAGCCAGACGUCGCGCCCGGAAGUCAACAAAGGACGUUAACGAAAGUGUCGCUGCUAGGUCACCGUAUGAUUACAACGGCGGGUACCUCCAUAUGGCGUCGUCAUACAACGCCUACCACCCAUACAGUCACCAAGCAUCGAUGUAUUAUCCUAUGACAUCAUCAAUUUCUAAUUCGACGUCACAAAACGACCACGAUAACUACCUCGCUGCAAACUAUCUUUCUGACAUUUCCGGAUCUAACAAUUCAACUACUCAGCAAUUCUAUGCGGAACAGACAAUGUUAACUUCCGGUCAACACAUGUCGGUAGCUGAUAACCAACACCUGGCGGAACACUCAGCUGGUGCCGCUGUAACCGUACAGGCGCUCGCUCAACAACAAGCGGCCAUUGCCUCCACGCUACAGUUUCAGAACUGGUUGCAGUCAUCAAUCACGAGAAAUUCACAAUAA